AGUCUGCGGGCAGAAAGAAAGGCACUAUGCUACACACUCAUUUGGAUCAGAACAGCGCCAAGCCUGUUCCUGUGGUGAUCAUAGGAAACGGCCCCUCAGGCAUCUGCCUAUCAUACCUACUCUCUGGCUACAUCCCUUAUGUCCGAAGGGGCUCUGUUCAUCCCAACCCCAUUUUACAAAGGAAACUGGAAGAAACACCUGAAAUCCCCAUCUUUGACCAGGAUAUCAAGUACCUGUCUGAAGGUUUGGAAGGGAGAUCGUCCAGCCCAGUUGCUCUUCUCUUCGAUGCUCUACUUCGCCCAGAUACUGACUUUGGUGGGUCAGCAGAUUCCGUUCUCACGUGGUGGCACCAGCCUGACAAAGCUGUUCCUCACCUUGUUCUUGGCAAAAACCUUCCUGGAGGAGCUUGGCAUUCUAUUGAGGGGUCUAUGUUCACCUUGAGCCGGGGAGACUGGAUGGAGCUUCCUGGCCUUCAGUUCAAAGACUGGAUGAGUAGGAAGAAAAGAGGCUUCAGAAACAACCGGGCAACAGCGGGAGACAUCGUCCAGUACUACCAAUACUACGUGGCCAACAAAGGCUUAAAGAAUAAUUUUCUCUGUGAAACGGUUGUGACAUCAGUGAAAAGUCUCGGUGCGGUUGCCGACUACACCAAUCACGAUUCAAGAGACGGUGACUCUAGAUGGGAUCCUUCCGAGAAACCACAAGACAAUGGCGAAGGUUUCAGAAGUCUCUUUCAAGUUGACGGGUUUGUGACAACCAUCAAUGGCACACAGCCUUUCUCAGUGUACGCUGAAAACGUGGUUUUAGCCACAGGGACAUACGACAGUCCAUCCUGGCUUGGGGUCCAAGGAGAAACCCUUCCUUUUGUCCACCACAAGCUCUCCGCCCUGGAAGACGCUGUGAGGAACAAGGAAAUUGGCAUGAUGUCAGAUCCAAUUCUGAUUGUGGGUGCUGGGCUAACAGCAGCAGAUGCGGUCCUCUUUGCACACCACUGCAGCAUUCCAGUGAUCCAUGCCUUCCGGCGGAGCGUCAGUGAUCCGGCCCUGAUCUUCAACCAGCUCCCCAAAACUAUGUAUCCCGAGUACCACAAAGUCCACCAGAUGAUGAAAGAACAGGUGGCUUCUGGCCCAGGACUCUACGAGAGUUACAUCAGCCUUCCUGAACACCACAUAGUGUCCUUCACGGAGGAUAGGAAGUGCAUCUUCCGGGAUAAGAGCAGCCGCCAAAAAGUGUACAAUGUUUCUAUGGCUUUUGUUCUCAUUGGCUCCAAUCCCAACCUAUCCUACCUGCCAAAUAAUGGCGUGGACUUGGCAGUAGACUGUGAACAGUCUGUCAGUUCCAAGAGGAACCCGAUCGAUGUAGACCCCUUCACUUACGAAUCUGUUCACGAGAAGGGGCUCUAUGCCAUGGGACCGCUCGCUGGUGACAAUUUUGUGCGCUUUGUACAAGGGGGUGCUCUGGCUAUUGCCAACUCCUUGCUGAAGAAAGCCAACAAGAAUCCUCCAUAAUGUUGAACGGAGCCCCAUGUUCUCAAAGACCAAUGUGUUCUCUGGAAAAGCAAGAGCAUUGGAUAGGUAGAAGCCAUUUCAGCUAGGAAG